AUGACUUUGACAAACAAUACUUUUAAAGUCAUUCUUUUAAGACACGGGCAAAGUGAAUUGAACCAUGAAAACAUAUUUUGCGGUUGGAUAGAUGCUCAAUUGACUGAAAAGGGCAAGCAUCAAGCUCGUCAUGCUGCUGAUCUCAUCAAAGAUUAUUGUGAAGAGAAAAAUGUUCCAUUACCACAGAUCGGGUUCACUUCCAGGUUGGUGAGAACUGAACAAACCAUGGAAGUCAUGCUUGAUGAACUACACCUAAAGGGUUCCUUCCAGAUUAUAGCCGGUCUUGAUUGCAAAAUCGAAGAUGAAUUCAAGAAGGAUUCUGUUAAAGUUCUGCAAACAUGGAGAUUGAAUGAACGUCAUUAUGGAUCGUGGCAAGGUCAAAGAAAACCUGAUAUUUUAAAGGAAUACGGUAAAGAAAAAUACAUGUAUAUACGUAGAGAUUACCAAGGGAAACCACCCAGUGCAGAUCUGAAACGUGAAAUGAUUCAAGAGGUUGAUGAUCAAGGGUCAUCCACAGGUUAUGACUUUAAAGAGCCAAAUAGACGUUUGAAAUAUGGUCUUGAAGAAGAGGCUGGUGAUAUUUUACCAGAUAGUGAAUCACUUUGUGAUGUUGUUAAAAGGCUUGAGCCAUUUUUAGAAAACGUUGUUUUAAAACUUAGUAGAGAUUACAAUCUAGAUUCAUGUUUAAUGGUAGGUCAUGGAAGUUCAGUGAGAUCAAUACUAAAGGUCCUACAAAAAAUAUCUGAUGAUGAUAUAAAGAAUGUUGAUAUACCAAAUGCAACACCAUUAGUUGUUGAAUUGGAAAAAGGCACUUUCAAAUUCAUCAAUAGAUAUUACUUAGAUCCGGAAACUGCAAAGAUUGAUGCUCAAAAAGUUCGUCAAGAGGGUUUCCAGAAUAAUCCCUAA